ACAAAGUUUGCAUCUGGGGUAUGGUUAAUUCCUAGAUAUCCUCAUAAGCUACCAGCAAUAUUUAUGGAUUUGAUUCUUAGAGAUCCUUUGUUCCCUAUAGGAAAUAAAUGUGUAGGACCUAUUGAACUUGAACUUAUAUAUGCUAAAGCAAUUAAUCAUGUCAACUAGCUGGAAGGCAGGACCAUGUGAUUACUAAUAUAUCAUUGUCUUUAACUGAUGUCCAAUCCAAAUGGCUCUUCCAAGUUUCAAAAUAAGGUAGGGCCUAUUGUUCUUUAACCAACACCACAAAGUUUUCAAUACUUGGAAGGCAAGAGCAUGUGAUACCUCAGUGCCAUUGUCUUCUGAUGGUGCCCACAAAUUCCUAUUCAAUACACAUCAAUAUGAGUUGCCAUUUCCUAUAUAAACAUAUCCAAAGAGGUAUCUACCACCACAACACUCAGCAAACAUCAAAGCUUUCUCUGCUUUUGAGUUCCCUUACAGUCCUUUUUUUCUCAUCUAUACUAAAACUAAGAGAUCAUGGCUAUUCUCCGUAUGAUCAAGAAGUCUUCCACAACUAGAGAUAUUCCUAAGGGUCAUUUUGCUGUGUAUGUUGGAGAGAUGCAGAAAAAGAGAUUUGUGAUCCCCAUAUCAUUCUUGAGUGAACCUUUGUUUCAAGACUUGCUUAGUCAAGCUGAGGAAGAAUUUGGCUUCGACCAUCCAAUGGGUGGUGUGACUAUUCCCUGCAGUGAGGAUUUGUUCACCGAUCUCACAUCUCGAUUGAGGAAGUGAGAAGGAAACUUGUCCCCAUAUUUUUUGUUACACAAUUUUGUAUAGUUGUAGUAAGCCAGGAACUCCACUGUGUACAGUUGAGAGUUAGAAGAAACACUAGGUAGACUAAGGACACAUCUACUUCAAAAGAAAUUGAAGUAAUGAAACUUUUUACUUCCAUACAUUGAUGUAAUCAAUUCAUUGCAAUAGAAUUUUUUUGCUCAA